GACGUGUGUUUUCCAGUCUCGGUUGCCAGUGGAAACGGAGCCUGGUUCAGGCGGCGGACGGUAGGGAAGAUGCGCGAAGACAUGGAGGACGCUGAAUGAGCCUUGGGCGACGGUUGACAAUUUGGCGAGCCGAGCCAGGAGCCAAGCAAUUGGCAGUUCAGGAUCCGUUGUAAGAGAUCGGCGGGCAGGUACGAGCGGGUUGAGACAGAAGGGCCCUCCGAGAGAUUUUUCUCGGUCUCUCUCUCCCUCUCUAACUCCCUGUUCCGACCCCUUCGGCUCCGGCUGACCAUCCUAUGGCCUCCAUGGACAAAACGGAGAACCUCAGUUGGGAGACACGGAUAACAGGUUUAUGAACUACGGUAUGUCACAGACUAUCAAUAUGUUCAUUGGAGAUGCUGUAUGUUUUGCUCAACUUGGUUGAUGACCUGAUACAUCAUGGAUAGCCCACCCAAACUGACUGGAGAAACUUUAAUUGUACAUCAUAUUCCCCUGGUUCAUUGUCAAGUCCCAGACAGACAAUGCUGCAACAUAGGCAAAAGAUCAAACCCCUUCUACCACAAUGAUCUGGGAAUCACAAGAACUACAUCACUGCCAGAGAGGGACCUGCUUCAGAAGGAAACAUUAUUGUACAGCAGCUUAAUUCAGGCCUCUUGCUUACCUCCUGGGACAACACAUGAAACUGAUGCAAGGCGACUGAUUUCAAAAGAAAUCUCUGCAAUCGAACAGCACAAUUCAUUAAAUUUGAAAAAUCAUGAGAACAAUGAUCAGGAGAGCUCCAAUAAUUGUUCUUUUCAUUCUCAGAAUAGCAACAUUAGUAACCCACCAUUUGUUCUGCAUGAACAGCCAUUUCAUCUUCAUUCUGCUGAGAACAGUACACAACAGUGGAGCCCGCCCAGUGGGCAAGGAAUUAUUGAAGAUCAAGAGGAACAAACUCAUGCAUGUGACGGCAAAAAGUCAGAUAACCCCAUCACAUCAAGAUCAGCAUCAGCUGACUUAAUACAACAACCUAUAUGCAACUGUACUAAUGAAAGCACAUCAACCUUAUUUUUUGAUUGUAAUGAAGGACUGGGCAGCAGCCCAGAUGAAAUGUUCAGGAAGCAAAAUAUACUGGAGAGCAGAACAUGCAGCUGCUCCAGUUUAGAUAUGCAACAAAGCAGAAGUUGUGUCUUCUCAGAUCAAUCUGAAGUAGAUAAUCAGCAUAUGACCUAUAAUAGUGAUUCCUCAUGCAACAGUUCAGAUGGUGUCCUGGUCAACUUUACAGCCAUCUACAAUAAAAUGAAAAGCCAGUCAAAGUCCAAUCUAAGUUCAGGUAACAUGUCCCAUGAUUCUUCAUACUGUUGUCACUCAGACAUGGGUGCAUUCUACUUGGACCUACAUUCUUCACCUAGUGAGCCAAAGAAUUCAUGUGAGACAAACAAUGGGGAUACUGCCAUGCAAAAUUGUCUGUGUCAGCAGUGUUCAGUUGCUGUAGAUGACAACUGCAAUUCUUACCAUCUACCAUGUGAAAAUGUGCCCUGUUCUUCUGAGAAUUCAGAUUCAACUGCUUGUUUUCAAAGUCAAGCAAGACUAGUUGUUGCCACACAAAAUUAUUAUAAGCUUGUGACUUGUGACCUAUCAUCGCAGUCUACACCAAGCCCAGUUGGAUCAUCGAUAACAAGCUGCUCAGAAGAUCACAUUAAAAGUACAAGCCCUAGUCACCCUACAGAAUAUUACCUCUUUCAGCAGCCAGAAGACACAAAGAAUAACACUGAUCAUUGCUGUUCUGAGAAACCAGCAGCAGAAUCUUCUGAAAACCUCAUAGAAGGUCAAGUGUACGUGAAUGUAGCUUCAAAUGCUUCUGGUAGGCAGAGAUCAAGGAGCUACGAUCGCAGUUUGGAUAAAAGUCCGACUGCCGGGUUGGGAUCCCUGGAACGCAUGUAUAGCUGCCCAGGCAAGCUGAGUGAUGGUCACACAGGUACAUCUCAGAGAUCACCACCAAGGCGAGUAACUUCAUUUGCUGAAAUUGCUCGAACCAGGAAAAAAAGUGGAAACUCGCCACCACUCAAAUCUAGUGGAGAAUCAAUAGAGUUCUCUCCAAUACUGGAAAAUCAGAAAGAAAAUAAUGUGUUUGCUUAUUCAGAAGACCAUUACCAUGGCAUGCCUGGCAGAACCACUGCAAGAAUGGAUUUAACAACAUCAUGUGAUGCACCCUUUAUUAAUCACUUCAACAAAAACAGUAAUUCAAAUGGGCAUGAGAGAGCUCACCUGGUAGAUUGUGGACCAUGUUACAAUGGAGAAGAAUCCAGGAAACCAAUUAAUAAACAACAGAUUGAGAGGGAGACAUCGUUUGACAGCAGAAUUAAAGUGGAAGGUGCUGGAACAGAAGACAAAGCAGUUAUUCGUUACAGUAAAGAGCAGCGUCCUACUACGUUGCCCAUUCAACCUUUUAUUCUUCACCAUCCACUGAGCAAACAACUUCCCAGGGUUCGGCCAGUGCAAAACCACAGUAAAUCUUCAGUUACGUAUAUGUACAGUAUUCAAAACAGUCAGCUGACAACAAAUGAUCAUUCAAGUGGAUCAUCUAGUUCUUCUGGUGGCAUGUUGUCGCUGGAAAAUGUAGCAACAAUAGGACAGUCACAGAAUGGAUUCAGCACAAAUGAGAAUGAGAAAGCAGGGAACUUGUUUCCCAUAAAUGAGUACUGCUUACGGAGACCCAUGCCAGAUGCAAUUAGGCCCUCACCGUUGGGUAGUUACUCACCUAUAAAAAAUGAUGUAUCCAUCUUGCAGAGUGGAGACUCGUCAUCUUCUGCAGUGUCAUCAGAAAGAAACUUUGGUAGCCACCCUCCAAGGAGUAGAUCCUGUCCAUUAUAUGCAAAUCUCCUUCCAAUACUAUCACCUCCAGCAAAAGUUGUUUCACCAAACAAAAGCCACCUUCCACAGGUCAGAGAUGAAAGGAGGAGUCCGAAGGAGACCCACAAUAAAGAGGACAAAAACUUUCAAACUGCACAGAGCUCCAUUUGUUCUUCCCAGAAAACAAUGUUACCAUCACCAGCUAUCAGAACGGUAGAUGGUAUCAAGAAUCAUAUGAACCAUCAAUGGGAUAACAGAAGCAGAGGUGGAAAAGCAGCACUACUUCAGCAUGUGGCAUCAGGUCUCACUGCUGGCCAAUCUGUGAAGCAGCUUCAGAACUAUUACAGUGAUUUCUUUCCUGAUUAUUUUUCGCUGGCUGAGAAGCCCCCUGCAGAGUUCUGUUUGUCACCUGAUGGAACCUCAGAAAGUAUCUCCAUAGAUAUACUACAGAAGAAAGGCCUUGUUAAAGCUGUGAAUACUGCUGUUGAUCUAAUUGUAGCACAUUUUGGAACAAGUAGAGAUCCUGGCGUAAAGGCUAAACUUGGGAACAGUUCAGUCAGUCCCAAUGUGGGCCAUUUGGUACUUAAAUAUCUGUGUCCAGCAAUAAGAAAUAUUCUUCAGGAUGGGCUGAAGGCAUAUAUUCUGGAUGUUAUCGUAGGACAAAGGAAAAACCUGCCAUGGACAGUCAUUGAAGCUUCCACACAGCUUGGUCCUUCUACCAAGGCUCUCAACAAUCUUUUUUGCAAGAUAAGCCAGUACUCUGAGUUAAUGAGUCACAGUACAAGGUUUAAUGCAUUCAUCUUUGGCCUUCUGAAUAUCAGAUCAUUGGAGUUUUGGUUUAAUCACUUGUAUAAUCAUGAAGAUAUUAUUGGAAUUCACUAUCUGUCCACAGGCUUCCUAGCCCUGUCACAUAGUGUUUGUCAGGCUCUGUUUGAGGAACUCCUGCUUUUGCUGCAGCCUCUUUCAUUACUGCCUUUCGAUCUAGAUUUGAUGUUUGAGCACCAUGUUAUUCAAAUGAACAAAGAGCAACAAAAGAAGAAAGAACAGCUCAAAGUGAAGCAAGAUCUCUUGCAAUCUGUGCACUCUACCUUCCAGCUGAUGAGAACCAAUGGUAGCAGUGAUGGUGCAAAUAAAAACUCUGGAUCUCAGCAGAACAGGGAGGAGAAGCCACAAAGGAUCACACAAAGUGUAGUUACAUUGAAUGGUACAAUGUCAAAAGAUGCAAUAUUAUUGGGUAAAGAUGAUAAAGAAGUGGAAAAAGUGGAGAGAAUGCAAAAGGAGAAAGUAAUGGACAUGAAAAAGGACAAGCAAGCAGGAUGGUGGUACCAACUCAUGCAGAGUUCACAGGUGUACAUUGAAGGAUCUUCUGAAGAAUCAAAGUUCGUGAAAUGGGAGAAGAGAAAGAAGCAUAGUAAUGGCGUUGUGCCAGUACAGUUAGAUAUGGAUGUGGAGAAGAGGUUGGUUCGAGAAGGUGUUGUAGAAGGAGCAGAGAAUAGGGCUAUAUCUGAGUUUCAAAAUUCGGAUAUUUGCCAUAUGGCGCCUGGUCUGGCCACAUCAAAUGAAGUGGCAUUAGCCACCAAGGAACUCCUAAAAAAGACUCAGCUUGAGGAGUCUAAGAUUGAAAACAAAUCUUGGAUGGGGAGUCCUCCUGAAUCGGUGCUACAUGAACUUAAACAUGGCAAAGUGAAUGAAAGUGUGGCUUCAUGUGAACAUGGUGAACAGCCAGAGAAAAAGCUAAAUGUUGAACACGCUGAAGGCAAGCAAGGAAUGUGGCUAGGACGACUCUUUGGUGCAAGUGUAAAUCAGUCUAGAAAGGAAGAAUCAAGGCUGGUGAAAUCACAGAAAAGCAGAUUACCUUCUGACUGGUUGGGACUUGAUAAAUCAGUAUACGAUCUAAUGGUACGGACUGUGGGAACUGGAAAAUGGAGAGGAUCCCAAUAUGUAGCAGAACAAAUCAAUCCACAGACUGGAGGUAGUCAGCCAGAAUAUCAAGAAUCAAAAGCCCAAUAUGAGCGAGAAGUGAAGGCCCUUUGCCAUCACAUAGCAACCGAGAAAGGACAACUCAGCUUUAAAAAAGGAGAUGUUCUGAGGGUGAUGUCAAAAGUGGAUGCAGACUGGCUGCUCUGUGGCCUUGGAGCUGAACGUGGAUUAGUACCCUUUACUUAUGUGACUCAUCCAGAAGGUGAAGAUUAUUAAUAUUAAUGCUCGAUGGACUGUGCAAUUUUAAUUGAGGUGGUUAUGGAAAAGGAGAUGAAUAAAUAAUUGUUAACCAGCAAGAUAAUAUCGAGCAAGAAAGCACUAAAUUGCCAAUAUUUCUUUGCUUAUUACUUUGUUCUUCAUUGACUGCACUUAGAACCUCAACCAAGUAGCCCAUCCAUACAUUGCUCAUCCACUAACUCUCAUUGGUGAGUAUAAAGCAUGCCUGCCACAUGAACAUUUGCUCUAAUUUCACAUGCCUUUAGUAGUAAGCAGCUUUGUAUUACCAGACUUCCAAAUAAGUGGGACAGAACUAGAAUUUGAAGUAUAUAUAUAUAAUAUAUGUAAUUCAUAUAUAUAAUAUAUAUGCUACAGUUUAUUAUUUAAUAAUCUUUAUUAAUUUCAUUUCAAAUGGUGUAAAUUGCAUGAAUUUGUGAGGUACAAAUAACAGGCAGUAUUUCCAUUUGUGAAAGAUAGUAUUGGUGCCUUGAUUGGAUCUUGUAGGGUGACUUAACUGCCUCCCCUGCACAGACAUUCUACAAGAAUGUGUCAUGUUGAGUUAAUAGAGGAAUCAAUUAAAAUAUAAUAAUUUGUAGUAAUAUAUACCUCUGCCUUGUAUAUAUGCAGUUAAUGAAGUUACACCAUAUUUGAUUUUAUCUGAAUAUUCUUUGAACAUGUAUGUAUUAUUUAUUUUGCACAUUAAUAAAAAGUGCUGAAAUGA